AUGCAUCCUCACCAGAAACCUCCAGGAACGCUUCGUCUCGGCGACAAGUGGCUCAAGUUUGUGGGUGAAGGCGCCGCCAACACCAUAUGGGCCGUUCACUUCGUCGAGGAUUCCGGCGGUGACACGUUCACACGAGACCUCCGCCCGCUCUGUCAGGGCUACCUCCUUCGGAUUCUCAAAGCCCUCUCCGACGGCUCAGACAGUCACUUCACCGCCAAGGACCAGCUGGCAUUCUUCGAGAACACAGUUCUUCCCGCCUUUGGUAACCAGCGAUCCCUCUUUGUCGAUCAGAAGCUGGUUCACCUGCGUCAAGAUGUCAUUGACGAAUGCAACCUCCUUCUUACACAAAUGGACGAGAACCAGAAGGCCUCUACCCAGGACCAACCUCUCCCGCAUCCGCACCUUCCUUCCCGCACCCGCAAGUUCGUCGGCACCCGCGUCGGCCCGGCAGGCUGGCACAUGUUGACCGAGGACAUGCGGCCCCGCGGGCCCCUCGAGCGUUUCGCCGAAAUCAAACCCAAGUGGCUUGCGCAAUCCCCGGCAGCACCGUCGACCGCCCUCCUCUGCCGGAACUGCGCCGUCGCCACACAGCGCUUCACCGAGGCCCCCGAGGGCCAGAAACCCUCCAAAUCCGACCCGGCCAAGUACGGCUGUCCCCUGCGCUUAGUCGCCGGACCCGGCCCAGCCCCCGAAAACCACAUAACCCACAACGGCAACGGCCUUCCCGCCCAGAACGGGAACGGGAACGGGAACCACGUCAGCAACGGCCACGCCGAGAAGAACGGAACGAACGGCAGCAAGAAGAAGGACGAUGAUGAUUGGAAAGCCCACGCCGAGCGCAUCUUCCGCGGCCAAGACCCGCGCGACAGCCAUUUCCUCUUCUGGUCCAUCCGCCAGCACCACCUCCUGCCCCACCUGCGGAACCUGCAGAACCGCCUCGCGGGGCCCGGUUGCGCCGACGCCUUUUGGGCCAGUUCCCGCGACGACCCGGACCCGGACCUCCUCCUGUCCAUGACACUGCGCGACUGUUCCCUUUUCUUCCGCUACGAGGCUCGUCCGCACGGCGCACUCCGCAUGCUGGACUUCAAGCUCGCCGAUCUCGACAGGAAGGUCGCGGCCAAGGUGCCCCGGUGGCAGGACACGGAGCGCCAGCUGGUCGAGGGCGGGUGGUACGAGGGGAAGCAGAAGCAGGCCCAGGCCGGGUCGGGCGAGAUGUUUCUGCCUCGAUGCUACUUGAGAGAGGUACAAGAGGCUGGCUCCGAGCCGGACUUUGACGCCAUACCCGUGGAUAUGACGAAGCUGAAGGAUGUGUCGUCGUUAGGCCUACCCUAA